UGGGGGCAAAGGUUCUGCUGCCGGCAGAGAGAAAGGUGUGGCUGGCAUGGGACAGUGUUUGAGGUACCAGAUCCACUGGGAGGACCUGGAAGAGUACCAGGCGCUGACCUUCCUGACCAGAAAUGAGAUCCUGUGCAUCCACGACACCUUCCUGAAGCUCUGCCCGCCUGGGAAGUACUACAAGGAGGCCACCCUGACCUCGGACCAGGUCAGCUCCCUGCCGGCCCUGAGGGCCAACCCUUUCAGAGACCGAAUCUGCAGAGUGUUCUCCCACAACGACGUGUUCUCCUUUGAGGAUGUGCUGGGCAUGGCGUCCGUGUUCAGUGAGCAGGCCUGCCCCAGCCUGAAGAUCGAGUAUGCCUUUCGCAUCUACGAUUUUAAUGAGAAUGGCUUCAUUGAUGAGGAGGACCUGCAGAGGAUUGUUCUCCGACUGCUCAACAGCGAUGACGUGUCAGAGGACCUGCUGACUGACCUCACGAGCCACGUCCUGAAUGAGUCGGAUCUGGACAAUGACAACAUGCUGUCUUUCUCAGAGUUUGAACACGCGAUGAACAAGGCUCCAGACUUCAUGAACUCCUUUCGGAUCCACUUCUGGGGAUGCUGAUGUGGCCACAAAUUCCUGACCUGGUGACUCCGAGGGGACCACUGGACUGGAAUCCAGCCCCUUUCAGGCUCCAGGGGACUUGGAUUAAAAAUAUGACUUUGUCCCUGUCCCGCCCUCGC